CCAAUUGCCGCCUUCUGCCACCCUCUUUUCAAUCUCUCUCUUUCUCUUCUGUCUUGUCAUUAAUGAAGCGAAUACGCAUAUCGAGAUGUGCACAGCAAUUGCUGGCCCAGCCCUCUCCGCGUCGCCCGUUAUGUCCCUGUGCAACCGUUCUCCAGAGAAACAUCACGCCUCAUAACCACAGGAUACAGGCGCGUUUCCAGACCACGGCCGCGAUUCAGAAUAAUGAAGACCUGGAGAUUGAGAUAGAAGAACCUUCAGCCUCCGAAGCUAUCGAGUCGACCUCCCGUUCCUCAGCUCCGCAGCGGCGAAGGCGGAUGCGCCUCGAGAACCUUCCCUCACCACACCCCUCCGCAGCAUCACACUCGGCCAAGCUCUCCGCCCUGCGAGCUAGACUUUCUCUCCACCAACGGUUCCCGCUCCAAACGCUCGCUCGCACCCUCGUACAUCCCUCCGCCGACCCGGAUCCCGCGUUCAACAAUGCCUCGUUAUCCAUCCUUGGAGCCAACCUGCUAGGCUACUACACCACCGAAUACCUCAUGUGCAACUACCCUCGCCUACCAAUGUCGGUAAUAUUUGCUGCACAGUACGCAUACGUUGGGCCGAAAGCAUUAGCGACCGUUGCUAGCGAAUGGGGCAUUGAAGCAGCGGCAGAGCCGGGGGGCGAGGUAGAUCCGGGGCUACUCCAAUUCAAGAGGAUCAAGUCUGGAGAUGAUGUGCCGCCGGCAUUGAGGCGUCAGGCGCCCUGGAAAUGGAACGUCACGACCACGCACAAGAUCGUCGCGACCGAUGAGUUUGGGUCUAACAACGCACCACCGGGCCCACACUCUCUAAGCGCCACGGCAGUACCUAUGGAGGAAGCAGCGCAAUCUUUUGUACGAGCAUUGAUUGGAGCACUCCAUCUCCAUCUUGGAUCGCCACUCGUAAAACGCUUUUUCAGGGAUCACUUCCUCAGCCGGCACCUGGAUAUAUCCACGCUCUUCGACUUCCGCACGCCGACCCGCGACCUAUCACGUCUCUGUGCAAGAGAAGGCUUCGAAGCACCCGUAGCGCGCCUGAUCUCGGAAACCGGUCGACUAAGCAGGCAUCCCGUUUUCGUCGUCGGAGUAUACAGCGGGAAGGAUAAGCUCGGAGAAGGAGCAGGCAGCUCAUUAAACGAGGCAAGAGUGCGCGCAGCAGCGGCAGCAUUAAAGGCGUGGUACCUCUACAGACCCAUAGAAGUCACAGUACCGAGCAGCAUGGAAGGCGAGCUGGACACAAGCAAGUGGAAACCGAACAUGGUGGACUGCGGCGAAGUAAUCGUGUAAGAUAUUGAGCGUUCAGAAAACCACCACUUUGGAGUUCUUUUGGGGCAGCCUUCAGCCGCGUACGUAUGCAUAGACGGAGGUCAUCCACUUCUCUUCGCUUGUGUAUUUUCCAGAGGAGAGAUUCGGGAAGAGAGGGACGCAGAGAUGGGGAACGGAUUCCGGCUUCCGCGCUAUGGGCGAGAGGGGGCCGCGCCAUGUACUAUAUGUCGCAUCACGAUGAUACCAUCAGACGGACCGUGUGUAGAAUAUUGACCGACUUGAUCGCUAUGUUGUGCCUCUCUUGAUUUUCU